AGCUAACCGGCUAAGGCGAUUUUUUUUGUUUGUUUUAUCCCCAGGAGAUAUAAGUUUACACUUCAAAUAUAGACGGGCGAUUCUUGUAAAUCAAAAAUAUUUGGUUUGAUGAAAGGGGAAGCUUCAUAUUUGGCUAGUAGUUCGUUGCGGGUUCUUUACGUUAUUUGAAAGAUAGGUAGCUAGCAUUAGCUAGUGGCAAAAUACAUUUGCAACCUUGCUAGCUGGCUAGCUAGUUAGACAGCUGAAUUGAAGAGCCGUCUGGAAGGAACGCGGCCCACAACAGUCACUAACAUCAGCGCUGUAACGUUACUGUGAGAGUCGGCAGCCUUUCUCUGUGACAGAGACUUCUCCCUGAGGAGGCAGAGCGCAGACAGCUCAUGACUUCUGACCAGGACACAAAGGUUGUAGCUGAACCGCAGGUACAGCAAGUACAAGAAGGAAAAGAGAGCUCUCACCUGGACUCCGCCAAGGUUUCCGAACUGAACCCAAACGCCAAAGUAUGGGCCAAUCACAUGCUUAAUCUGAACCCCGCCGAGGCCACAGAGUGGGGGGAGGGUCCGGACCAUUCCGCAGACCUCUGUCCAGAAGGAUGCGACGCCAAAGAUGACGGAGAGGGGAGGAGGGAGGAGCUGCUGUCUCCCGCCCUGGAUCAGCCGCCGGCACCAGCGGUGUCCAUGGACCCGCCAGACGUGAGCGGCACCACCCACGAGUGUUUAGACACCGCCUACGUAGACAUGGACACCCCACCUGGAUCCGAGUCGGGUCAGACAGGCGGGGGAGACUCGCAACCCCCUGACCCUCAGGAGGACCUUCGAGAUCACCUGAAGACCACUCUGGAGUUUUGCCUGUCCCGGGAAAAUCUUGCUAGCGACAUGUACCUCAUCUCUCAGAUGGACAGCGACCAGUAUGUGCCAAUCACCACGGUGGCGAACCUGGAUCACGUCAAAAAGCUCAGCACUGACAUGGACUUAAUCGUGAACAUCUUAAGGUCGUUGCCUUUGGUCCAAGUGGAUGAAAAGGGCGAGAAGGUGAGGCCAAACCAGAACCGCUGCAUCGUCAUUUUGAGAGAAGUCCCAGAAUGCACCCCCAUAAAGGAGGUGGAGGCUCUCUUUAAUGGGGAGAACCUGCCCAAAUUCAUCAACUGUGAGUUUGCCUACAAUGACAACUGGUUCAUCACAUUUGAGUCUGAAGCAGAUGCACAACAGGCCUAUCGAUAUCUCAGAGAGGAAGUGAAAACAUUUCAAGGGAAAUCGAUUAAGGCCAGGAUAAAAGCGAAGGCAAUUGCCAUCAACACUUUCCUGCCAAAGAACGGCUACCGGCAGGCGGAUGUGAACGCCGGCAUUAGUGCGACGGCCCAGCAGCGCUACACGUCGUUCUACAUGCCCCCCGUCUACAGCGCCCAGCAGCAGUACCCCCUCUAUAGCCUCAUCAGCCCUCAUACCUGGACCACCACACACAGCUUCCUGGACCCAGCUCUGGUAACUACAUUUCCCAGUGCUGGGUUCAUAAACGGGUUCCCCUCAUCUCCCGGUUUCAAGCCUGCUACAUCUCCUCUGACCGUCCGGCAGUACUCCCCCAGGAACAGGAACCACAGUAAGACUCCCCUGCGGUCCACUAUACCUAAUCUGGACCGCAGCUCGGGGCUUCUGGAAAGCCCCGCCAUCUUCAACUUCCCAGACCGCAUUCUGAACGGAGUGCGCGGCCCCCUGACCCGGCCCCCUGGCCAGAACAGGACCAGGUUACCCAACACAAUGGCCUACACCCGGCGGGACAGCGGGACGACAGGACGGGUGGAGCCCAUCUCCGCCGACUUCUCAUCCAGCAUGGGCAGGGGAAGGAAAAACAUUUAUGGAUAUAGGAAGAAGAGGGAGGACAAGUUCACGAGGGCACUCGUGCAGUCGCCCCCCCCUCUCACCCCCCAGAAGCCCCCCUCCCCGAGCUUUGAACUGGGCCUAUCCAGCUUCCCUCCCCUCCCUGGCGCUGCCGGGCAGCUCAAGACCGAGGACGUCUUCGAGAGCCGGCUGUCCAGCAUUGUCGCAGGAUCCGCAAAGGACAAGGGAACCGGGAAUGCAAACUUGGACACCAGCUCCAGCUCCAGCUCCAGCUCCGUUCCUUCAGGGAUCCCCAAUGAGCCGCCCCCAACUGUUACCGCCCCAGCCCUCCCCAGACCAGAGGCCCCCUCCUCUCCACCCUGCUCUCCUGAGGAGCCCGAGGUCCCAGCGGAGGCCAACCGGAGGGAGACUCAGCCCCCCGUGGAACGGUUACCUGCGAUCAUUGUUGCCACGAUUAAACCAGUCCAGGUCAACGGGGCCCCAGUGGAGGUUCGGAAACCCAGCUAUGCAGAGAUCUGCCAGAGGCUCGGUAAGGACGGGCCCACUGUGCAGCCGGCGAGGGAAGCCAGGCCGACUGCUGCCUCGACGAGCGUCGCCGUGCCGACUGAAGCCCCGCUCGGCGAGAGGGCGGAGCCCAAGGGCAGAGAGGCGUACCCUGCGAAGGCUGCCCCAGGCUGGCCCAGGGAAGCCAAGAGACCUGCGGGAGUGGGGCGGCGGACCUCCCCGCCUCCCACCGGUCCUAACAACGACCCGGGCAUCAACCCCAAAUCUCUGCGGUAACCUGCCAAAAAAAAAGGCUUCGUGAAAACGCAGUGAGCGUGAGGGCUAAUCAAUACAACCCCCUCAAGGUCAACCUUGUCAGCACAGUGGGCACAGCCCAGGAUACGGCCUUGCAAACAAGAGCACUUUUAGCAUGUAGAAUCAUUAUUUUACUUAUUUAUUUACC